CGCCGCGGGACGCGGCACCUUCGCGGGCGAAGCUGCUCACUUCCAGGCGCGAGUGUUACACAACACGCCUGCCAAGUGGGGCCCCGGCCUGACUGUUCCCAUUAUCCCCAAUUCGCCUUUGGUGUAAUCAGCGAGGCCACCUGGGUGGUGACGGUGCUGCUUUCUUCAACCAACCAACCAAAAAAGCCCUCAAUUUUCGGACAGGGGCUCGGGUCUUGGCGUUGGGGGGCCCGAUACCUAGUGACUUCUUUAUUUACACUAGCUGCAAAACGUGAGAAAUAAAAAAGCCCAGGGUCUGUGUAUCACGUGUAGUUUCAUGUAAUGGAACACCACAGAGGGAAAUAUCUUCAGAUGCUGGGUUUAUUUCCUAAAGAAUACCAGUAAUGAACCAGAGAAAAUGCAAGUAGAUCUGAAAAUGAAUGGAUACUGCAAAAUCCUAAAGAAGUUUAGAAAACAUCAGCUGCAAGGGUUCUUGGCGUUUUGAAGUCGUGGGUGUCUCAGAUUGGAGAAAGCACACCUCUAACCAGCCUGUGAUGAAUAAGGUGGGGACGAAAAAGCCUGUUGCAUAAUCUCAUUUGCCGUGGGGUUUGCUGUGCCGUCCCCUUGAACCAAAGGGAAGUGAGUUAAGAUGCAGGGUUUUAAAACUCUGUGAAGUUUUUAUUUACCCAGUGCUCUGGCUGCCACUUCUGUUUUAAAAGAUUAUAAGUAAAUAAUCUGCUCUUCCAAGUGAACCAAACCUAUCAAACCUGUUUAGAAAAUAAACCAGGCUUUCAGUCCAGUGUAAAGCUGUUGGAGCGCGGGAGCAAAGGUAAAGAAUGAUGUAAUGCGCUGGCUGCCCCAAAGCAUCUUUUGUUGUGGAAUGGUUAUUCCAGUCAUCUCUUUAUGAAUCAAAUGUGAGGGGCUGCUUUGUGGACGGAGUCCUUUGCAAGAGCACAUCAACGGGAAAGAGAAAGAGACAUUCACUUGGAGGGCUCUUGCUGAAAAUGGGUUUAACUCUCCUUUUGCCAGUCACCACCAGCCUGACCUCAUACACUUUUAGUACAAUGGAGUGGCUGAGCCUUUGAGCGCACCACCAUUACAUCAUCGUGGCAAAUUAAAGAAGGAGGUGGGAAAAGAGGACUUAUUGUUGUCAUGGCCCAUGAGAUGAUUGGAACUCAAAUUGUUACUGAGAGGUUGGUGGCUCUGCUGGAAAGUGGAACGGAAAAAGUGCUGCUAAUUGAUAGCCGGCCAUUUGUGGAAUACAAUACAUCCCACAUUUUGGAAGCCAUUAAUAUCAACUGCUCCAAGCUUAUGAAGCGAAGGUUGCAACAGGACAAAGUGUUAAUUACAGAGCUCAUUCAGCAUUCAGCGAAACAUAAGGUUGACAUUGAUUGCAGUCAGAAGGUUGUAGUUUACGAUCAAAGCUCCCAAGAUGUUGCCUCUCUCUCUUCAGACUGUUUUCUCACUGUACUUCUGGGUAAACUGGAGAAGAGCUUCAACUCUGUUCACCUGCUUGCAGAUCUUCUUUCUUCUCCCUCAUUGAAGCCUUUGAGCAAUAUGGCUUUGGGGAAACAAGGCUCUUCCAUCAGUUUGGGAAAGGACCAUGGCCGUUUUAGCCUGGUCACAGCUGGGAGGCCAGGACCCCGUGAAUAUCAUCAGCAAUGUCCCUGCAUCCAAGGGAGAGUUGAAGGUGGGUUUGCUGAGUUCUCUCGUUGUUUCCCUGGCCUCUGUGAAGGAAAAUCCACUCUAGUCCCUACCUGCAUUUCUCAGCCUUGCUUACCUGUUGCCAACACUGGGCCAACCCGAAUUCUUCCCAAUCUUUAUCUUGGCUGCCAGCGAGAUGUCCUCAACAAGGAGCUGAUGCAGCAGAAUGGGAUUGGUUAUGUGUUAAAUGCCAGCAAUACCUGUCCAAAGCCUGACUUUAUCCCUGAGUCUCAUUUCCUGCGUGUGCCUGUGAAUGACAGCUUUUGUGAGAAAAUUUUGCCAUGGUUGGACAAAUCAGUAGAUUUCAUUGAGAAAGCAAAAGCCUCCAAUGGAUGUGUCCUAGUGCACUGUUUAGCUGGGAUCUCCCGCUCUGCCACCAUCGCUAUUGCCUACAUCAUGAAGAGGAUGGACAUGUCUUUAGAUGAAGCUUACAGAUUUGUGAAAGAAAAAAGACCUACUAUAUCUCCAAACUUCAAUUUUCUGGGCCAACUCCUGGACUAUGAGAAGAAGAUUAAGAACCAGACAGGAGCAUCAGGGCCAAAGAGCAAACUCAAGCUGCUGCACCUGGAGAAGCCAAAUGACCCCGUCCCUGCUGUCUCAGAGGGUGGACAGAAAAGCGAGACGCCCCUCAGUCCACCCCGUGCCGACUCUGCUACCUCAGAGGCAGCAGGGCAAAGGCCCGUGCAUCCCGCCACUGUGCCCAGCGUGCCCAGCGUGCAGCCGUCACUGUUAGAGGACAGCCCGCUGGUACAGGCGCUCAGUGGGCUGCACCUGUCCGCAGACAGGCUGGAAGACAGCAAUAAGCUCAAGCGUUCCUUCUCUCUGGAUAUCAAAUCAGUUUCAUAUUCCGCCAGCAUGGCAGCAUCCUUACAUGGCUUCUCCUCAUCAGAAGAUGCUUUGGAAUACUACAAACCUUCCACUACUCUGGAUGGGACCAACAAACUAUGCCAGUUCUCCCCUGUGCAGGAACUAUCAGAGCAGACUCCUGAAACCAGUCCUGAUAAGGAGGAGGCCAGCAUCCCCAAGGAGCCGCAGACCACCAGGCCUUCAGACAGCCAGAGCAAGCGAUUGCACUCGGUCAGAACCAGCAGCGGUGGCACCACGCAGAGGUCCCUUUUAUCUCCAUUGCAUCGAAGUGGGAGUGUGGAGGACAAUUACCACACCAGCUUCCUUUUCGGCCUGUCCACCAGCCAGCAGCACCUCACGAAGUCUGCUGGCCUGGGCCUUAAGGGUUGGCACUCGGAUAUCUUGGCCCCCCAGACCUCUACCCCUUCCCUGACCAGCAGCUGGUAUUUUGCCACAGAGUCCUCACACUUCUACUCUGCCUCAGCCAUCUACGGAGGCAGUGCCAGCUACUCUGCCUACAGCUGCAGCCAGCUGCCCACUUGCGGGGACCAAGUCUAUUCCGUGCGCAGGCGGCAGAAGCCAAGUGACAGAGCUGACUCACGGCGGAGCUGGCAUGAAGAGAGCCCCUUUGAAAAGCAGUUUAAACGCAGAAGCUGCCAAAUGGAAUUUGGAGAGAGCAUCAUGUCGGAGAACAGGUCACGGGAAGAGCUGGGGAAAGUGGGCAGUCAGUCUAGCUUUUCGGGCAGCAUGGAAAUCAUUGAGGUCUCCUGAGAAGAAAAACACUUGUGACUUCUAUAGACAAUUUGUUUUUCUCGUUCACAAAAAAAUUCCCUGUAAAUCUGAAAUAUAUAUAUGUACAUACAUAUAUAUUUUUGGAAAAUGGAGCUAUGGUGUAAAAGCAACAGGUGGAUCGACCCAGUUGUUACUCUCUUAACAUCUGCAUUUGAGAGAUCAGCUAAUAGUUCUCUCAACAAAAAUGGAAGAGCAGAUGCUAGAAUCCCCCCUAGACAGAGGAAACCAUUUUAUUCAGUGAAUUACACAUCCUCUUGUUCUUAAAAAGCAAGUGUAUUUGGUGUUGGAGGACAAAAUCCCCUACCAUUUUCACGCUGUGCUACUAAGAGAUCUCAAAUAUUCGUCUUUGUCCGGUCCUUUCCAUAGUACACCUUAGCGCUGAGACUGAGCCAGCUUGGGGGUCAGGUAGGUAGACCCUGUUAGGGACAGAGCCUAGUGGGAAAUCCAAGAGAAAUGAUCCUAUCCAAAGCUGAUUCACAAAGCCACGCUCACCUGACAGCCGAGGGACACGAGCAUCACUCUGCUGGACGGACCAUUAGGGGCCUUGCCAAGGUCUACCUUAGAGCAAACCCAGUACCUCAGACAGCAAAGUUGGGGCUUUGACCACUACCAUGUCAGUAGCCCGUUUUCUAGGCAUUGUGAAUAGGUAGGUAGCUAGUCACACUUUUCAGACCAAUUCAAACUGUCUAUGCACAAAAUUCCAGUGGGCCUGGAUGGAGGUAAUUUUUUUUCUUCUUCUCAGCUUUAUGAAGAGAAGGGAACUGUCUAGGAUUCAGCCAAACUGCCAGGAACCUGGUAAUCAUGAUUUAAGCUAAGGUUGGGAGGCUAACAAGUCAACCUCCCUCUUUGUAAAUCAAAGAAUUAUUUAGAAUGGGAUUGUCAGUCCUUUAAAUAUAAAGAUGAACUUGGUUUCAAGCCAGAUGUGAAUUUAUUUGGGUGGUAGCAGACCAGCAGUACCUUCAAGUUCUCCGCCAAAGUAGAUGUGUUUGCCCUUUCUGCUUCACUGCAUGGAUACAGCUGGUAAAAUGUAACAAUAUGGCAGAAUUUUAUAGGAAACUACCUAGGGAGGUAAAGUAUGGGAAGAUUAAGAAAGGUAUAAAUUGCUGAGGAGAAGCAGGAAACCUAUUUCCUUAGCGGCUUUUAUCCCCUCGGCACGUGAUGGGGCUGGUGUUUCUGUAAUUGCCUCAGACUUUCGAAUUUACUAGUAGGGCUGAGAGAGACUUUAGUGAGGAAGGAAUAUUCAGAAUAAAACUGUUGAGAAAGCUGAGAAGACCACUGAGUUUGGAUCAGUCACUGUGAGUAGAGUGCAAAGCCAUGGCCAGGCUGUUUCUGGAAACGCUGGCCGGCAUGUCUUCAGUGGAAAGGGCACAUCAAAAUGGAGCGAGAGCAAGUCCUCAACUUACAAUCACUGUAUGGAAUCGGUCCUGGCAGCUGAACAUAGGAGGUCAUUGGAACAAGUACACAAGUGAUAGUGCAGAUCUGCCUUCAAACAGCCUCCUGGCUUGAGUUUUAUCAGCUACAAUGUGGGUCGUCUUUUGAAGCCUUAAUUCACGACAGCAGCUUUUUGGGGGUGGGGGUGGGGCUGGGCGGGUGUUGUCAUUGUUCUUUCCCUUCCUGUAAGUGUCGCUAGUUGCUGCCUCGUAUCUCAGGUUUUUCUCUGUUUGAGAAAUGGACAGUUUUUUGACCAGGAUGUGACUUCAUGUUUCCUAUGGUGACUUCUAAAACCAGCACAGAAUGACAUGACUCAACACAGACCGACUUGGUCAUGGGAUGAUGAGCCGCACAGACAUCACUAGUUGUGCACAAAUAAUGUACUAUGAUGGGGUGUAAAGUGAAGGCAGAAGAGGGUCAGCCGCGUUAUGAUACUGGGAAAGUGCUGGUCAAUGAUCUAAUUAUAUACAUUGAAAUCUUUAAUCAGACAUUCUCGUUUCACACAGUAAUUUUUGAUGUUAUGUACACACACACCAAACGUGUAACAGUUCACCACCUCCAGAAUGUGGUCAUAUCCAAAGCAUGUUGAAGGAAAGCAGGAGCUCCUUGCUAAGGAUGUUUCAGGAGGUUUGGGGGACUUGGUUUUAAUGAGCUUCUGUCAUUUAGGGCUUCUCUUGGCCAUGGUCCCCUUCCUUCUGGAACUGUGAUGUAGUCACACCCUACAGCCUUUAGUGCUGGUUCACUAGUGUCAGAUAAUCAGUUCUUGGAAGUGAGACUGCGAGGCGAAGGGGUGGCCUCGGAGGCAGGCUCUGGAGCUGCUUGGGUGUCUUUAGGUGGGGUGGUGGCUGGCUCUCUUCAGCAUGUAAUCGGGGAAACCCUGGCGUCUACUAGGGGUGAUACAGAUGGUGAUUUUAAAGAGCAAAACUAGACUUCUAUGUGAGGAAUGCUGGAAAAUGAUUUAGGACGUGUAAAGUUAGAUGGAAAGACUGUAAAUGUUUAAUAUGAAUAUAGUGUUCUUUUGAAGGCCAGCUGUUGAACGGUUAAAUUGUGCAUUUCUCAUUUUGAUGUGUCAUGUAUGUUAAUGUAUGAAAUGAUUAAAUAAAAUCAAAACUGGUACCUGUUUAUACAUAAA